AUGAGUUCAUCCUCAGAGAAGAAACCAUCCUCUUCUUCAGUGCUGAAGCUAUUUGGUUUCCCUCUAACGUCCCCAACGGACAACAAUGUUCGAAGAAAGAAGUGUCCAUUCUGCCAUCGUGAAUUUCAGAAUUUGCAAGCGUUAGGGGGCCACCAAAAUGCGCAUAGAAGAGAAAGACAAAUGGCUAGGUUGGCCCAAAUUGAAUAUGUGUAUUUACAUCAAACAAACCAAACAUUCGACGCAGUUACACCUCCUCUAGUUGCACAAAAAGCAUCAUCAGCCUCUAGUUUUGGUGGUGCAACUCGAUUCUGGACAGCACCUGAGUCAUCGCAAAUGCUACCUGUUGUGGAGCCACCAGGUAUGCACUACCUAGUAGUAGGGGUUGAUGGGGUUGAUGAGGAUAAUAUUGAUCUGGAACUAAGGCUAGCAACCUCUUCUAAAGAAUCUGGGAUGUGA